GACUGGAUCUAGUACGAGAUAUAUAAGCCUAAGUCCUGCGAGAGAAAUUAAACACCCUCCAGCUCUCCUUCUUCCUUUGGCUCGACAAAGGAAUUUAUUACAACAACAACAAAUAAAUUUAGCUUAUUUUAUCCUUGCAUCACAUAGACAAGAAGAGCCAUCAAAAUCUCUGUAAUUUGCUAAAAUGGAUCUUAACCAGCCUCCUGGAGAGAAUUAUGCCAAUCCAAGAACAUGUUUCUUUCACGUUCUCUUCAAGGCUGCAGCUUUGGCAUUUUACAUACUUUCAGCCUUGUUUAUUAAUAAUUUCGUAAUCCUUUUCGUGGUGACUGUUUUUCUUGCUGCUCUUGAUUUUUGGGUAGUUAAAAAUGUAAGUGGUCGUAUUUUAGUUGGUCUUAGAUGGUGGAAUGAAAUUAAUGAUCUUGGUGAGAGCGUCUGGAAAUUUGAAUCACUUGACCAAGAGUCAAUGGCCCGUCUGAACAAGAAAGAUUCAUGGCUAUUCUGGUGGACUCUUUACCUAACGGCCGUUGCGUGGAUUGUGCUUGGAAUUUUCUCCCUAAUAAGGUUCCAAGCAGAUUACUGCCUCAUUAUUGGAGUUUGCUUGACUCUCAGCGUUGCCAACAUCAUUGGCUUCACUAAAUGCAAAAAAGAUGCUAAGAAGCAGUUUCAGCAGUUUGCAUCCCAGACUAUUGCAAACCGGUUCUCAUCAACUAUUCAGUCAGCAUUCAGUGUUGUCUGAGUCGGUUAGGGAAGAUGGGCAUAAAAUGGAAGAUUGUGCAGAGGAGGUGGCGUAAGAGACAUUGACAAAGUGGCGGGGGGCACUAUACAAAUUGGCGGUGUUGAGCUGGCUUGUUCCUUAAAAACUGCUCCAGUAGGAUACACGAUUAGAUGUUUUUGUAUGACCUUCUCCACAUCUAAUUCUCUUGUGCAACUCUCUUAUCACCAAAAGUAAUAGUACAAGAACGACCUCUCCCUCUCUCUCUUUUUCUUUUUCAUAUCUUAAGGUAUUAUGUUUCUUAA